CAACAUUGAUGUUUAUUACAUUUCCAACGAGAGUUUGUUGACUGUUCAAAAAAACAAAAAAAAAUCAACGUUGGAAACGUUUCCGCGAUGAUUUUCCAAGCACGUCCCCCCGACACUCAACUCGCGAGCGUUUUCCCGUUUUUUUUCGCUUUUCGAUACGAUGGCAAGUCUCUGGGUCAUGCGUCCCCCUCAUUGUUAUACAGAGUUAAGGCGACUUGAGAUUACAGUGGGCUAUUUUCAACUUUAACAAUUUACCAUUUAAAUUUAAAAAAACUUUUUUUGGAGUUUCCUACUCCCAAGACCAGUGGCUCAAAUGUACGGUUGAAAGAUGAUGAGGCAGGACACAGAUUGGACAACACUGAACAAAAUGGAAAAGGAAUAUUUCUGUUUUGUCUGUGGUGCCAAAUCAAGUGAUCGGGGUUUGCCGCUUCUACUCUCCGAGACGACUUAUUCGCAUAUUUGCCUCGGUCAGAAGCUGCAAGAGAUCUUAGGUGACAAGUUGAUUGUCCUGAUAAAGCCCAGAGACUCGGUCUGUUGGAACUGUGCUGAAGUCAUUAACUGGGUGGACAAAUACGAAAUCCGAAUCGACAUUGCCAAAGACAACCUUACAAAUCAAAUUAUUAAAAAGUACAAGAAGAUUGAAAUGUGCCUUAGGAGUGAAAGUUCCGAUUACUUUGAGAAAGAUUUUCCGGCGCCUUCAAAUGAUGAGGUAAUGCACGAGAAUGAAACAAACAAAUCAAAAAAUCAUCACUUGUCUCAAGUGGAUUCUAAAGGAUUAAAGAAAAAGACAUUUCCUUGUUCAGUGUGUCAUAAAUUGUAUGCUACCGCUGCAGCUGCAGGUGCUCAUGCCGCCAAAGUUCACCGUCAAAACUUUACUUGCGAAUAUUGUGACAAAAUAUUCUCAUCGGAAAAGAAGUACAAAAACCAUCUAUAUUUUCAUGAUAACGUAACUAACGUCGAAAAUUCGAAACUUUUAAGCUGUGUUUCGUGCGGGUUCAAAACUACAAACACAGAAGUUUAUUGUAGGCACGUUUGCAACUCGGCAAUAAUGUCACUUACUUGUAUGACGUGCAAAAGAAGAUAUGUCGAUUCUAGUAUGUCAAAAGGACAGACAUUGAAGUACCAGUGCAAGGAUUGUAAAAAGCAAACUGACGAGCCAGAAGAAAUCCCAAAGAAAAUUGAAAAAGUACAAAGUAUAAAUGUUCCAGAGAGUUCAGUGAUAACGGAAAAAACAGAAUUUCACUCUGAAAUGGCAGAAUUUUUUCAUUCAGUUGAAUCUAGUGAAUCUCCUCAACCACCCGCUGACGAUGUCAUAUUGGAAGAAGAGCCAGUGACAAUAAUUCAGAAUGGAGUUACCAAUGAAGAAUUGAGUGUGGAAAGCGAAAAACAAACUGAAGAAAUAACUGUUAUUAAUAGGGAAUGUGAAAUCGAAGAGGAAGAGGAAGAAAAAAAUAUAAUCACUACUUUAUUGGAGUCAGAUAUAACAAUACACGAAGACACAGGAGAUGAUGGUAAUUUAACAGACAACAUGACAGUGACGGAAGAGACAGAAGUGAUGAGUAAGAAUUCAGAUUUUAUCAUCAACCAAUCUUAUUUAAAAUGCACCAAUUGUGGUGAAGAAUUUGAAUUGUCUCAAUUAGCUAGUCAUCAGUGCUUUGUACGGGGAGAUGUCGUUGAAUUUGCAGAAGUUGAAAGGCAGGUUGAACAUCAGUACUAUACCGUUCCUUUUUUUAAACCUGACGAAGAAACCAACACCACAAUGUAUGAGACCCAAAAACCAGCACAACGUAGACGACGGAUACCAAAAAUACCAGCUCAAGAAAAUUCUUACAUCAACCUAAAUGACAACAUGACUAAAAUGAAUUGUAAAACAUGUGGAGCUGAAUUCAAAACGAUUGGUUUAAUGAGGCAGCACUGGGACUUAACGGGUCAUUUACGAGAAGUUUCAACGACGACAAUAGAAUUGAACAAAAUUAAAGAUAAGACGAGAAAAACUGAAAAGACCUUUAAAGUUGUCAAACAAAAUUUUCAUAUAAGAGCCAACGUUCCUGGACAAAACGAUGAUGAGAUUAGAAAAAACGAAGAGGUCCAAAUGAACUGUAUUGUCAAGUUCAAAAAUGAUAUGAGUGUAGAAGAUUUUAUUGGAAUGAAAGGAGGGAAAGAAUGUGAAACUUGUGGCAUACUUUUUGGAAGUGAAGACGUCUUAAAAGAGCACCAACAGAACAAUUGCUUGACCUGUGUUACAUGUAACGUGACAUUCUUAGAUAAUAAACUUUUAAGAAAACAUUAUCAAUAUACAGGUCAUGCGAACAGAAUUCCUGUAAAGGGUGACGACCAAGUCACUUUAAAAACAGAACAUGAAUCUUUCAGUUGUCAUGUCUGUUUCAAAACUUUCUACUCAAGAUUCAUAUUGGGAAAACAUCUGCAGAAGCAUUACAAAGGGACUUCAAAAGGUGCUUGUCGUUAUUGUCAAAUGGAGUUUGAAGAUAAAUCGCAUAUUCAACAGCAUGUCUUAGAGGUUCACGGUGCCCAAUUGUAUAAAUGCCAACACUGUGAUAGGACGUUUUUAAGUGAAUCUGUUCGGAAUCGCCAUCAAAUCAAGCACAAAAUGUAUACUUGCAAAACGUGUAAAAUUAAAUUUCCUACUCAACGCCUUUUCAUGUCUCAUUUAGAUCAGGCGCAUAGAAAUUCGUUCUCUUGCGUCAUUUGUGGUAAAGUUAUACAAGAUUUACAAGCACUGAAGAGGCAUGAAAAAAUGCAUUUUUACGGAAAGAAUCUUCAAUGCGACUUGUGUGGGAAAACAUUCAGGAGCAAAGCAAUUUUGAAAGCCCAUUCGACCGUUCACCAAAAUGAACCUCACUUCAAGUGUAAAUAUUGUGGCCUCGGAUUUAAGACUGCUGAAAAUCUUGAAGAGCACCAAAUCAUUCAUAUCAAGAAGGAGUACACAUGUCCUAAAUGUUCUGUGAUCUGCCCGUCGAGAAUAUUUUUUUGGGUGCAUAUGAAAUUGCACGACACAGCAUAUAUGUGUAGUGUCUGUGGGCGGACGUUUAGAGACACAUCGUUACUUGCAGUUCAUAGACGCAAACACUGGCGAGUGCGACCUUACCAAUGUCCCCAUUGCCCUAGGGUAUUUUCAGUUCCGGCCACCCUCAGGCGACAUUUGACCGUACAUACUAGAGCUUUUCCACACCGGUGUGUCCUGUGUAAAAAGGGUUUCCUGACAAGAUACGCAUUCCAUAAACACCUCGAUACCGUCCACUCUGUUAGGCAAUCUCAGCCUAGGAGGCAGGAAAAGAAGAUACCUUCGCUGCCGUUGAACGCGACUGACGAAGAUCUUUUCCAGGCCGCCGAUACGUUAAUUUCCGAUGAUACAAUCAUGUUUAAUGAUUAUACUCAAAAAGAUAUGAAAAUUGAACAAGUAUCAUCAAAUGAUCUUACAACAAAUGAAGUUGUUGUUGAAACGACAGAAUUGUUUGAUGUUCUCCCAUAAACCAGUUCAAGAUCUAAAUGUAAAUAGUUUCCUCUCAAAUUCUGUAAAUACUAUGAAAAACUUAAACUAUUCAUGAAUAAUGAGGUGUAUAUUUUUGAGUUUUGUAAAUCUUGUAGUAAUAAGAAAUUGUAUGUUGCAAAGCACUGUAAUAUAUUAAAAAAUGUAUACAAUUGUGUUUUAAUAAG